UAAUUAUUAUAUACAUUUCAUAAUCAGCUGUCAUGUGAAUUACACAUUUGACAGCAUGACGUACACAAAUAAUAUUACAAUUAUAUAUUUUAAAUCAUGGAAAACUUAGUUGAUUUUCGCUGAAAACUCAUCAAUUUUAAGUUGUAUGCACGUAUGAAAUAUAUAUUUAUUAAAAGGGGAUUUAUAUUAGAGGUUAAACUAUUGCGUAAAUUGCUUACCUUGAUAAGUUGCACCCGAAGAAUUUACACAAUAUAUCUUCACAUAAACAACUACUUUUUUGUACAAUAAAUCUUUAUAACACAUAAAACACAAUUGAUUUGUCGUAAUUGUUGAUAUCAGUCAAUAGAUAAUACAAACAUUUAAGCUUCUGAUACUAAACAUCACUACUGGGCAAUGUGAAGUUCUGUAAACAGUGUGAUAAAGCAGUGCAUUAUGAUUUGUUUUUUCGUCGUUCACAAGCAUAAUUUAUUCGCAAUAAAGUAUAUUCAUUACACUGCAGAGAAGUGAGGAAUGUGAUGAAAAUAUUGGGAAAAAAUGCAUAUUUGGAACAACCCAAUUUUUCAAUCGAAGCAAAACUUUAUUUUGAGAACGUUGAGGUUAUGACAUCAAAAACAAAAUUUUGACAAUAAAAAAGAAACGUCUCUGAAUCGUUUAUAGUUUUCAUAAAAGUUAACUAAACAAAAGGAUAUGAAACUUCUCUUUGUUUCACUAAAAUAUUAGGAAGAAACAUGAUAAUGAAUAAUACUGUUUAAUAAAUUAUGCCUUUCCACUGCAUCUGACAUUAAUAGUAUGAAGCCACAUACAUGCUGGCUAUAUAUCCUUUUAUUGUUACUUGGUAUUGGAACUAAAAUAUUACACAAUCAAGUAAAUUGUUUAGAUAAAUAUAACAAUUCUAUCAGUCCUGAAAUACCUAAUGUCAGCAAAUUAUCGUGCCAUGGCAAUGAUCCAGAACAAGUAAAAGUUCAUUUUGCGAGCAGUAUUGUUAAGAAUGAAUAUAUUGUUGCAUUUAAGGGAUAUUAUAAACCACAUUCACGUGAAAAUUAUAUAAGAGCCGCAUUAAAUUCAUCCGGAAUUUAUAAGUGGAAAAUUUUAUUUCGUGAUAAUUUGGCCAGUAAUUUCCCUAGUGAUUUUGAUGUUGUACUUUUGGAAGAAACAGAUAAAUACAAUGGCCUUGAUGCUUUAACUGAACAUCCUCUUAUUAGAAGGGUAACUCCACAGAGACUUGUUCAGAGAAGCUUAAAAUUUGUCAAUGCAUCAGAAGAUGCUGAUUUCCCAGAAUAUAAAAACUUUAAAAGGAAAAUCAACAAUUAUAACAACCAAUUUUGGCAAUCGAGCAAUCGUCACACAUCACGUAGAUUAUUAAGAGCUAUUCCAAGGCAGAUUACAAGCAUACUUCAAGCUGAUGCUUUGUGGGGAAUGGGAGUUACUGGAAAUGGUGUUAAGGUAGCAAUAUUUGAUACGGGACUAGCAGUUAGUCAUCCACAUUUUAAAAAGAUUAAAGAACGUUCUAACUGGACUAAUGAAAAGACAUUAGAAGAUGGUUUGGGUCAUGGAACAUUUGUAGCUGGAGUUAUUGCAUCUUCUUGCAUGGAUUGCCUUGGAUUUGCACCAGAUGCAGAACUUCAUAUUUUUCGUGUUUUUACCAACACUCAGGUAUCAUAUACUUCAUGGUUCCUGGAUGCAUUCAAUUAUGCUAUUCUUACAAAAGUCACAGUAUUAAAUCUGAGCAUUGGAGGACCAGAUUUUAUGGAUCAUCCAUUUGUUGAUAAAGUAUGGGAACUGACGGCAAAUGGUGUAAUUAUGGUAUCUGCUAUUGGUAAUGACGGACCUUUAUAUGGAACAUUGAAUAAUCCUGCGGAUCAAAUGGAUGUCAUCGGAGUAGGUGGAAUCAAUUGGGAAGAUCAAAUAGCAAGAUUUUCAUCAAGAGGAAUGACAACAUGGGAAUUACCAUCUGGGUACGGAAGAGUGAAACCUGAUUUAGUUACAUAUGGAUCAGGAGUACGAGGAUCUGCGUUACAAACAGGUUGCAGAACAUUAUCUGGAACUUCAGUUGCCAGUCCUGUUGUAGCAGGAGCUGUUGCAUUGCUAGCUAGUGGAUUUGUCCAAACAGAUGGAUCUCAAACUAUUAAACAAAGGGUUACUCCUGCAAGCAUGAAGCAAGCAUUGCUUGGGUCGGCGCGUCGAUUGCCUGGAGUAGGAAUGUUUGAACAAGGGGCGGGUAAGUUGGAUCUGUUACGAGCAUUUCAUUUUCUCCGUUCCUAUACACCGGUUGCUACUCUAAGUCCAAGUUAUAUAGAUUUGACCGAGUGUCAGUAUAUGUGGCCGUAUUGUACGCAAGCUGUAUAUCACACUGGAAUGCCUACAAUUGUAAAUAUAACUAUAAUAAACGGCUUGGGAGUAUCUGGUCACGUAGCAGAUCUUGUAUGGCAUCCAUACAAUGGUAAUGGAAAUGGAGAACGAAUCGACGUAUCAGUAACUUAUAGCGAUCUUCUUUGGCCAUGGUCAGGUUGGUUAGCGGUCGCAAUAACAGUACCACCUUCUGCUCGCGAUUGGCAAGGCAUUGCUCAAGGUCAUAUAUCGGUUACAAUUGAAUCACCACCGAGUGAUGGAGAGGAAAUACCAAGACAAUCUAGAAUAGAAUUACCCUUGAAAGCAAAAGUUAUUCCUACACCCCCUCGACAUAAACGUAUUUUAUGGGAUCAGUACCAUAAUUUACGUUAUCCUCCCGGAUAUUUUCCGCGAGAUGACUUACGCGCGAAGAAUGAUCCCCUAGAUUGGAAUGGUGACCACAUCCAUACUAACUUUAAAGAUAUGUAUCAACAUCUACGAAACGCUGGUUAUUAUUUAGAAGUACUUGGUGCACCGUUCACCUGUUUUAAUGCUAGAAACUAUGGUACUUUGCUCAUCGUGGACACGGAAGAAGAAUUCUUCCCUGAAGAGGUCUCUAAAUUAAAAAGGGAUGUAGAAGAAGAAGGUCUUUCUGUAAUUGUCUUCGCAGAUUGGUAUAAUGUCACCGUUAUGAGGAAAGUAAAGUUUUAUGAUGAAAAUACUCGACAAUGGUGGAUACCAGACACAGGAGGUGCAAAUAUACCAGCUUUAAAUGAUUUACUAUACCCUAAUUGGGGCAUAGCGUUUGGAGACCAAGUACGUAAUGGCCACUUUACUCUCGGUCAACAUUCUCCUGUAACAUUUGCAUCUGGUACUACAAUCACACGAUUUCCAAAAGGUGGAAUCAUUAUUUAUGUAGAACUGCACGAUCAAGGGCAAGAACUUUUAAUAGAAUCAGAAUCAAGAUUUACGAUGUCCAUGCCAAUUCUCGGACUUUUCCAAACAAGUGGUUAUAAGGAUCUUCAAAAAGUAUAUAAUGAUAAUGAUAAGAAUUUAGUGGGGGAUGAAGAAAAUGUAGAUAGAACUAAUAUAAAAGAUCAGAUAGUACCAGGAAGAAUAGUAGUGUAUGGAGACUCGAACUGUAUCGAUGACAGCCACUUACAAAAACCUUGUUUUUGGAUGCUUGACGCUAUAUUGGAGUAUACAACGACGGGUCACGUUGCUACGGUUUUCACUGAUGAAAGUCAGACCAAAGCACGAAUCUUGGAAAAACCUACGACUUUAGACAACAAUGAACUGCCACAGCGUAUGGAAGGAAGUCAUUUAAGACGUCAUAGUAAAGUGUUGUUACCUGAGAGUACUAACACUGGUCACAUUCGACCACUUCCGUCUUGCCCUACCAUUACACUUGCUAUUCCAAAACCAUUAAACGAGUCUGUUUCUAUAAAUCUUUAUAAGCCUCAGAAGUUGCUGUCUGUAGGAAAUACGAUAGUCGCGGUAAAUCCAGUGUUACAAGAUACAAGUCCCUUAUGGCUCAGACGGCGAGUCGGUGCAAACAUUCCUACACUGCACCAUGCAGAACGGAAUAAUAUUAUUGAUGAAUUAGAACAAAGUGACGAAAAUAAUAGUGAAUUAUUUACAAGUAAGUGGAGUUACAUGGCAGGUAUAAUUAUCGUAGGAAGUAUUGCUCUGUAUUUAUUAAACCAAUGGAAUUGCUUAAUAUCAAAAAGGCAUUCUCGAAGAAAACGAGCAGUCGGUAGAUUACGCAGAGUUAUUCAAACAAUUUCUGUGCGCAGAGUGCCUCAAAUGUGAUUUUGUAUUUGAGAAAUCCUCAACCGGUGCAAGAUAAUGUUCGAUUAUCUGUGGUAAACGCUUAGAAAAUAAACUAUGUUACGUGCCUUUAAACAUACAGUACUCAACGUAAAUUAACAAAUUAUAUAACUUAUUUUGAUAAAUUUUAUGUUACUAAUUCAUUCUGGACAUGUUAGUAUUUCCGUUCGACAUACAUGUACAAUAAUGACAAAUCCCUAUAAUGCUAUAUUAGUUCUUUGUUUAAUCGCUUCAAUAAAGUAAGCCGAAAUAUAAAUUCACCGUAAAUGAAUAUAUAAAAACUACAUUACUGAAAUAAAAUAAAUAUAAGUUUAUACUUCCAAUAAAUUAUAAGAAUUAGUUUUGGAAUUAGCAUUAAUAGUAUUUUAUAUGUUUAUAUGUAUAUUUCAGUGAGUAUUUUAAUCGUUAAAUUUAUGAAAUACAUACUUGCUCGUACCAAACAAGCAUAUACAUAAAAAUUGUAAUAUAAGUUCAUCUUCCAGUGUUUAUUAACUUGUGAUAUACGAUUAAUAUGUUUUAUCAAACAUAUGUGUAAUAAUACAGUUAUUCAUUUUUAGUUAAUAUUUGAUAAGAUAGAUAAUAAGAAUAGUUGAAAAAAUAAUAGAAAUAAUAAGACCAUUCCUUUUACAUAUAAAACUAUUUAUUUAGCCAUGUAGAAACAUUUCACUUUCUGUAAUAUAUUUUA